UCCACAGAGAGCGAGAGAGAGAAGAAAAAACUGCUUAAUCUUAAUUAUAAACUCUCUCCUCCGCCUUCCCUUCGGCUCCGGCGUUUUUGAUUUCACUGUUUUUGUUUCUAACAAUGGACGCCCGCCGCCGCCGGUCUUCUCCCCUGAAGAAAUUCGCCGCCGCGGACUCCUCCAUCAAGGUUAAGAUGGUGGUGGAAGACGACGAUGCUACCAAGGCGUCUGAUGUUCUGCCUCUCCCUCUUUACUUCACCAAUGCCGCUUUCUUCACCUUGUUCUUCUCCGUCGUCUAUUUUCUCCUCACUCGGUGGCGUGAGAAGAUUCGCUCCUCCACUCCUCUCCAUGUCGUCACGCUCUCCGAAAUGGUCGCCAUCAUUGCGUUUGUCGCCUCCUUUAUUUACCUUCUCGCCUUCUUCGGGAUCGACUUUGUUCAGUCCGUAUUCCGUCCUUCCGCCGAUGUGUGGACUGCUGACGACGAUGAUGAAGUUGUUUUGAUUAAGGAUGAUGCUCGGAAACGUCCGUGUGGUGCGGGGCUCGAUUGCGCGAUUCCUCCACAAAUUGUGACUCCGAUUGUGGCUUCUCCCAAACCCUCGGUCCCAAAAGUGGUGGAUCCGCUUCCUGUUCACGUCAAUUUGACGGAAGAUGAUGAAGACGUUGUAAAAUCCGUCGUGGCCGGGACCACGCCGUCGUAUUCGCUCGAGUCGAAGCUCGGCGAUUGUGGACGAGCCGCCGCUAUCCGCCGCGAGGCGUUGCAGAGAAUGACGGGGAAGUCGCUCUCGGGGCUUCCCUUGGAAGGCUUCGAUUACGGUUCGAUAUUGGGGCAGUGCUGCGAGAUGCCUAUUGGAUACGUCCAGAUUCCUGUGGGAAUCGCGGGGCCGCUGUUGUUAGACGGGAAGGAGUACUCUGUUCCAAUGGCCACAACUGAGGGUUGUUUGGUUGCGAGUACGAACAGAGGUUGCAAAGCGAUUUUGUUAUCCGGUGGGGCUAACAGCGUGUUGCUGAGAGAUGCGAUGACCAGAGCACCGGUUGUGAGGUUUGCUACAGCCAAAAGAGCAGCGGAGUUGAAGUUCUAUGUGGAGGAUCCGGCUAAUUUCGAUACCCUGGCCUCUAUUUUUAACAAGUCCAGUAGAUUUGCCAGGCUACAGAACAUCAAAUGCGCCAUUGCCGGCAAGAACCUCUACAUGAGAUUCUCUUGCAGUACUGGUGACGCCAUGGGCAUGAAUAUGGUCUCCAAAGGCGUGCAGAACGUCUUGGAUUUUCUCCAGAACGACUUCCCUGACAUGGAUGUAAUUGGCAUCUCUGGGAACUUCUGUUCGGACAAGAAGCCUGCUGCUGUGAACUGGAUCGAAGGACGUGGUAAGUCGGUGGUUUGCGAGGUCACAAUUAAGGGUGAUGUGGUGAAGAAGGUCCUCAAGACCAACGUGCAAGCCUUAGUUGAGCUCAACAUGCUCAAGAACCUCGCUGGUUCUGCCAUGGCCGGAGCUCUUGGGGGCUUCAACGCCCACGCCAGUAACAUCGUUUCAGCCAUCUACAUCGCAACGGGGCAAGAUCCCGCACAGAACGUAGAGAGUUCUCACUGUAUCACAAUGAUGGAAGCCGUGAAUGAUGGCGAGGAUCUCCACGUCUCCGUCUCCAUGCCUUCCAUCGAGGUGGGUACAGUUGGAGGAGGGACCCAGCUUGCUUCUCAGUCAGCAUGCUUGAACCUACUUGGGGUCAAAGGGGCAAACAGAGAAGCCCCAGGAUCUAACGCGAGGCUGUUGGCCACCAUUGUAGCGGGCUCUGUUCUUGCAGGGGAGCUGUCUCUCAUGUCUGCAAUUUCAGCAGGGCAGCUAGUGAGGAGUCAUAUGAAGUACAAUAGAUCAAGUAGAGAUGUCAGUAACUCUUCUUCCUCAUAAGAAGACUCAAAAGAGUCCACCUUUUUUUCAAGGCAUCUGUUCCACAAGACCGGUGGCAAAGCAGCAGUGAGUUUUGAAUCAAUGGAUGGACCAAAAACAAACACGCCCGUGGAACUUGGGAAACGAACACCACCCACCCAAACACAGUUUCAAGCAAAGAACAAGAAGGUUGAAAUGAAACCCUUUGUACUUUUAGUUUUUUCUUUUACUUCUAAAUGAAUACUAUAUCUAUAUAUGUAGGUUUGUUUGUUGAUCUGAUCUUCUUUAUUUUCUUUCAUUCAAAGUUGAAACAAGUGUAACUGGAAUUAUGUAAUUGUGUGAUGUGAUGAGGAAGUUGUUUAGUGUUACAAUGUGGCAAGAUUUAUGUGUGAUGAGGAUGGAUUGUUUGUUGUGUUGUGGUUUGUGUAUGUAUGCAAAUGCGUGUAUUUGAGUUGUGAAAUUUGUUUGUUUGGCA